ACCUGAGUCGCAAGUAUGGCCGUUGGAAAGAACAAGCGCUUGUCGAAGGGCAAGAAGGGUGUUAAGAAGAGGACCGUUGACCCCUUCACCCGUAAGGAUGAAUACUCUGUGAAGGCCCCUUCAACUUUCCAGAUCAGAGAUGUUGGAAAAACCCUUGUCAACCGUACCAGUGGUCUCAAGAAUGCGAACGAUUCCCUGAAGGGCCGUAUCUUUGAGGUCUCUCUCGCCGACCUUCAGAACGAUGAAGACCAUGCCUUCCGCAAGGUCAAGCUCCGUGUGGAUGAGAUCCAGGGAAAGAACUGCCUGACCAACUUCCACGGAUUGGACUUCACGACCGACAAGCUGCGAUCCCUCGUGCGCAAGUGGCAAUCGCUCAUCGAAGCCAAUGUAACGGUUAAGACGACUGACGACUACCUCCUCCGUCUGUUUGCCAUUGCUUUCACCAAGAGACGCCCGAACCAGAUCAAGAAGACAACAUACGCUCGCUCGUCUCAGAUUCGCGCUAUUCGGAAGAAGAUGACUGAAAUCAUGCAGCGCGAGGCAGCUAGCUGUACUCUUUCUCAGCUCACUACCAAGCUGAUCCCUGAGGUCAUUGGUCGUGAGAUUGAGAAGGCGACCCAGGGCAUUUACCCUCUGCAGAACGUCCACAUUCGCAAGGUUAAGCUGCUCAAGUCUCCCAAGUUCGACCUUGGUGCCCUGCUCAACUUGCACGGCGAGUCUACGACUGACGAUAAGGGACACAAGGUUGAGAGGGAGUUCAAGGAACAGGUUCUCGAGAGCGUUUAAACGUUUGGCAUUCGCUCGUCAUGAAUUCCAAUCUCUACCGUCUCGUAUCGAGGGCGUCACUGCUCCAAGU